CCUAAAUCCUGAUAUUUAGAAGAAAGAGAUUGAUCAAAACCCCCAUCUUUUGUUACAGGUGAGGAGGAAAAAGAGAGCCUAUUUUCCUCUGAUUUUCCCGAGGCUAUUUUUUCAGGCUCAACGAUGGCUCUGCAACUCUGGGAGACACUGAAGGAGGCAAUCACAGCCUAUACAGGGCUGUCUCCGACGGCUUUCUUCACAAUUCUGGCUUUGGCUUUGGCCGUGUACCAUGUUGUAUCGGGGUUUUUUGUCUCGCCUGUUCAUCCUGCGAGGGAGAGAGAGUUGUUCAAAGAGAUGGAGCCUCUGCCCCCUCCUGUUCAGCUUGGUGAGAUCACUGAAGAGGAGUUGAAGACCUAUGAUGGGUCCGAUUCCAAGAAACCUUUGCUUAUGGCUAUCAAGGGUCAGAUCUAUGAUGUUUCACAGGGCAGGAUGUUCUAUGGACCUGGUGGUCCAUAUGCUCUGUUUGCUGGGAAGGAUGCUAGCAGAGCUCUCGCUAAAAUGUCUUUUGAAGAACAAGAUCUAACAGGAGAUCUCUCUGGUCUUGGUCCAUUCGAACUCGAGGCCUUGCAGGACUGGGAAUACAAGUUUAUGAGCAAGUAUACCAAGGUUGGAACUAUUAAGACAGUCCCUGUAACCGAUGGGUCCUCCACCGCUGAAACCACUGACCGUGACAUUGCCAAGCCUGCAGAAGACGGUCCAUCAGAGAGCUUGCCCGCUAAACCUGUGGAAGCCACCACUGGCGGGGAUGCAAAGGAGUGAAGUUGAGGUACUUUUGACCACAGCAGUAGGAGCAGUGAACCACCACCCUCGGUGGAGAUUCUGUUAAUGUUAUAUUGUCGGGUGCUUGUGUUUAUUAAUGUGCUUAUAAGUUUAGAAUACUCCAGUGACGAUACUGUUAUGAAUGUUUACAUUUUUCAAUAAUGGGUCAAGACAUGAUAAGCUUUGGAGUUCAAAAAUGUGCAACUUGCUUAAUCUGAUUGAUUCCCAGUAUCUAUCUAUUUCCAUGUUUUAGAA